AAUAUGGAGGAAAGAAGUCGUAAAGCUACUACUGUGCAGACGCGGGCACUCCUACGCCUUCAGUCUCCCUCCUCUGCUCAUUGGUCCAUUCAGCAUCUUCAGCACCACGCAGCUGAACAGCGACACUCAGCCAUGCAGCCUUCAUCAGAUGAGGAUGCCGAGUGGCGGAUAUGCUGCCCUGCACGGCUACAGUGACAGUGUUCAUCAUCAGAUGUGUUUUUCAGCCUUAACGCCAUUGUUUCAUCAGGUUAUAACAGAUGUUGACGGUCGUUUUAUUCGCUGCUCAUUUUUUCCAUCGUCUUCAUCGGAAACGACCCGGCUGUGUCGUGUAACCCUGCAGGAGAAAGCUGUUUUUCCCGUCACAGAUGCUCCAGUGUUCAGCUUAUUUUACCGGCUUCUCCUCCCGUCGAGUCGGCAGGUAUGACGGGCAGUAACGCCGCUUCGGUUACAGGCAACAGCAGCAGCAGCAGCAGCAGCGUCUCAUGUACAACAGUGCCGCAUCGACAAGCCUCAACGCCCGACCACCGGGUCCCCCUGCCGGCGUCCCGGUGUCCGCCGGUCCCCCGACGCCUCUUAUGACAUGACAGCUCGGGCAAGGAAGAAGAGGAUCAAAGGUUACGGGCUGGGGUCCGAGCAGGAGCGCAGACGGGUCGGAUCCUUGAGAAGGGGACACACGGGAACACUGCACUGUUUGUGGAUACUCUAACACCUACAUCAAAGAUUCAUGUGAUACUUUUUAAUCCUUACAAGUUGAGUCAGAGCGUGGGGUUAGCUCUAGAUCAACGUCCCUGGCGCGUUUGUGUGACAACAGGGGACAGAGAGGGACUGAACUUGGAUCCUAGUCUCACUGGACCCACCUGUCCCCCAUCCUGAAGCCUUACAGUGUCUCUGAUUCGGGCCUGCAGAGGGGUAGCACCCACCUUUGCCUUACAGUUUCCUCUGAUGCACGGCCUCAUAGUUCUGGUUCUGGUCCAGUCCCGGUCAGCAGUGCUGCUCCACAGGCCCGCCAGGCUCACUUGGCUGCUCCUGACCAUCACCUUUACCUGCACCGCCAUGGGCUGCAUCCAGAGUAUAGCCUGUAACAAGUCCCGGAUCAAAAGAGAGAACAUCGUGGUGUAUGACCUGUCUGCCACCAUAGACCACUGCCCCACUGUCAUCGAGGAGAACUCGCCCAUAGUGCUGCGGUACAAGACGCCCUAUUUCAAAGCCUCCGCGCGGAUUGUGAUGCCCCCAAUCCCGCGCAACGAGACCUGGGUGGUGGGCUGGAUCCAGGCGUGCACCCAGAUGGAAUUUUACAACACCUAUGGAGACGUCGGCAUGUCGAGCUGGGAGCUGCCUCAGCUCCGUGAAGGUCUGGUGAGAGCCAUCAGCGACUCAGACGGCGUGAGCUACCCCUGGUAUGGAAACACAACAGAGACGGUUACCAUAGUGGGCCCCACCUCCAAGCCAUCCCGUUUCAUUGUUAGUAUGAAUGACAAUUUUUACCCCAGCGUCACCUGGGCUGUGCCGGUCAGUGAAUCCAACACACCCUUGCUGACAAACAUUAAAAGGGACCAGAGCUUCACCACCUGGCUGGUGGCAUUAAACACAACGUCAAGGGAAAAGAUCCUGCUCCACACAAUCAAGUGGAGGAUGAGGGUGGAUAUCGCAGUGGAUCCGUCCCUGCCUCUUGGCUCCAGGGCCAGGCUGGUGGGACGAGUGCACCAGGACCAGCCGCGGGUGCUGACCCGCAUGGAGCCCAUUCCUCCUAACGCCAUGGGGAGGCCCAAUGCCAAUGACGCCCAGGUUCUGAUGUGGAGGCCAAGAAGAGGGCCUCCACUUGUUGUCAUACCACCUAAGUAGAGUGUAAAGAAUAUCUGUUUGGCUGUGUUUUUAUUAUGUUGUAGUGGGUCCUUUCCACUACCAAGCAAGAUAAUCAGAAGACAAAAAAAGACACAAACAAGGAUCCAUAAGCAGGCUGAGACUUGAACUGUCAAUGGCACAAAUCAAAGUUUUUUGUGUACAACAUUUUGAGGGGACAACUGCCUUAAUUCCCCAAAGCUGCCUUUGACAAUGCAGAAAGUUUGAUGGUUUCUUCUUCUGGUGCUGUUGAGCUGUUGGGUAUCACAGCCUUCAAUCCAGCCCAGCGCAACUGAGCAAAACUUUGAAAAUCCACCAUUACUGCUGGGAUGUAACAAAAACCUGUACUGUAGCUACUCAGGCCCAGAAGUGACAGACCCUGCUUAAGAAGGUUCUUCAGCCUUAAUGAUGACAAAGUGCUGGCCUGCUCUGUACUGUAAAGUAAAGUGAUGUAUACGAGUGUAACAAAGGACAAGUGUUACUGUUUAUGAGUGAAACAGGAAACUGCUGGGGGCUUAUUCAUUACAGACAAAGACAAGUUUAAUAUCAGCUGAAAUGCUACUGGAUGAUUUGAGUGUAGUCAGAAGGCAUGUGUGUACUUGUUUGUGGUUGUGUGUUUUCUAUAACGGGGCUCAACGGCUGGGUCCAGGCUUGCUGCUUUGUCACACCAGACUGCCUCAAACACACACUCAAACCAACAUUAUACAUAUACUCGUGGCCUCAUGCUAAAGGGAAGGAAAUUUUUCAAGAUGAUUUAAAAACUGAAAGAUUUUCAACAUACGUACAUCCUCAGAGCUACUUUGCGUUUUACAUAUCAGAGAAAAUAUAGAAACAUGGGUUUGGUGGCAUGUACAGACAUACAGUUUGUACAUCGAGACAAGUCUUAAAUUAAGCCUUGCAGCGGGACUUUUCUUUUGCAAUCACACAUGGCCAGUUCAUCCAAGCUGCAGAGCUUCUCUCUCCCUGCCUUUUGAAAGCCAGUGAUGCCUGUGUUGAUGACAGCUUUCUAAAACAUGUUUUUGUGUUUUACAUGUCCAAUGUAAUCAGAUCUGUUGGGUAAGAAAUGAUGGAGACUCUUAUUUACAAGUAAGUCCGUCCACUUGCAGUGGCAAGCAAAGCUAUUUACUAAAUGUUAUUUAAGAGUAAAGGUUGAUAUGGAAGAGAAGAGUAUUUAUGCUCCAAGAGUUGUGUAUAAAACAAAAAAACUCACUACUGCAUGUCAUCGUGCAGAUUUUUAGGACUUUAUUUGUCAAAGUUUUGAAGUAUCUGUCAAUGAGAUUUCUGCCUCCCAACUAGAACAUCAUAGGUGAUUGACAUUUAUUUUACCAUCUGUCUAUAAAAAGAAAUGGUCUGGUCUUGCUAGCUGCUCUGUAACGUCUGUUUUAAGAGCCAGUGAAACUAUAAGCUAAUUGCUAACUUGUUCACAUUUACAAUCCAAUCACGCUGUUCUGCUAGCUAAAUCCAUACCAUGUCUAUCAUCUUAUGUUAGCACAUUAGCAUGCAAUCAAUAAUCAAUUGAUCAUUUGAUCAAACUAACACUGCCAUUCCUUUAUCCUUGCCAGCAGCAUGGCUAAACAUUCAACAGCAAUAUUGCUUUUCACAUAAACCAAGCAUCCAUGUCACUCAGGAUAAUCAACAUACUUUCUCUGUAGUUUCUUUCUGUAUCUGUUUUUCCAGGGGAAAAUGUUGUCUUCAAGUAUCUGAGUUAUUUCCCUCUGACAGCACGCUCAGGAGCCAAGCUUCAAAACUGUUAAAUGUUAUACUGCUGUAUUACAAGUUUUAAAACAUUUCAAUUUGCAAUUAAUCUGUUACUUUUGAGACAACAAACAGUGACUCCAAAGAAUGGAAGGCUAAAAUUGAUGUUAGCAUUUAGCCACUUAUUAUAUUAUAUUGUUAGCUAGGAAGUAGCUGAAGGAUUAUAUUUACUGUUGGUAGUGUUACAUAAUUAAAUAGGAAAGGCAUUUGCUAGCAUAAUUCAUAACUUAUAGGUAAGGACCUGGCUGCCAAGCAGUUCACACUGUAAUGUUAGCUAGGAAGUUAAUAGCCUUAGCUUACGUUAAAUAUGGCCCUUUAGCCCUCCAUGUAUCAAAACUACAUUGUUUUCAGUAGUCAAGCUACCAAGAGGCAAUUAUAAUAUAGAAUCUAAUUGAUAAUUAUUUACAUUUUACCCGUACAUUUUACCAGUAGAAGACUGCAAUACGACUUUAAAACAGCAUUUAAGCCCAUUUUCACACUGACCAUGACAUCAGAGAAAAAUAGCCCUGGUUUAAAGACAUGAUAAACCGUUCAUGGAAAGUCAAUAUUUAUAUUAAUUAUUAAAUGUAAAUUGUCGAAGCCAGGAGCACCAAAGGCAAAAAUCCACUCACUUACAUUGUAAUGGGUGGAGGUAGAAAUCCCAUGGGCAGAUGUCAGAAGACCUGCAAAAAGUAAGCCCAAAUAAUAUACAUGGCUUGAUACCAGUAUGAGUAAAUAAUAGGAGGAAAAUUAUAUAUACAGUAUAUUUAUAGUUUUGUUUGUCUUGUGUUUUUUUCUUAUUUGGGUGAAGUGACCCUUUAAAGAUUUGUGCAGUAUUUGGUUUACAUAUACAUUCUCCUGUGCCAUUAUGAUGUUUUACAGAAUGUGUUUUUUUUAUGAAGACUCACAUGAAAAUGAAACAAGAGUGCAGCUUAAAAAGUAUUUGCAUUUCUCAAUCAUGGUGAAUAUAGAAACGUUGCUUUUUGAUUUCCAGAAUCUUCUAUAUGACGUAUUUCUGUUUGUACACACUCAGCACACAGUGGGCCAGUAAAACAGGGUGUGCUGAAGUGCUGAGCUGGUCUGGAUGAGACAGAGAUGAAGAGAGACAGAGGAUGUAACCGUGUCAUCUUACCCCUGCUGCUCAUUACUGCUGGUGCAAACCAACCAAGCCUUCACCACACACACAUUAACACAAACGUAUGCACACAUUUAGAAUGACAAUGAUCAGUACUGUGAUCACUGAAAUAAGUGUUCUGCCUCUGUGUAUCGCCCCAUGUAGAGGGUGUUCACACUGGACAUUUCAACAACAUGCAUAUUGUAGCCAUGACACAUGAGCAUUUUGUGGGGCAAACAGCAGCUGACAAUCAGGGGAAACAUCUGGAGCAGCACUUUGAAGUGGAAAAACUAAGAAGAUGAUCUUUAUUGGCCUGUGAUUUUACUCACUGAAUUGAGGCUUUUUAGGUUGAGACAAAAUGAAAGACAAAUUUCCAUAUGUUGGCCCAAUCAAAAUAAAUUGUAGGAAACAAAUUAUUUAUACUUGACUACAAACUUGCAGUCUGCUGUGUGUGUAUUAGGACCUCAAGUGUCUUUUACAGUAACAGAUGUGCCUGAGGAGCAGAGGGCGGAGCGACACACGGCUCCUUGUGAAGAGCAUGUUGUAAAUCCGAAUUGUUCUGCUGAUUAACAGGAGCCAAAUGCAGUUGCUGGUUUUAAACGGCUGGGUAAAGGGUGUUAUACAGAGUUAUGAUACAAAGGACAUGAAACUCUGGCGUGUUACAGUCCUUUCUCUCAGACUGUCUGGCUUUUGCAUGCAGUGUUUUUAAACUCAUUAAAAGAAAUGCCAAAAAUAA